AUGGCAGAUGAAAUCUUGGAAAUGGCGAAAGAAGCAAUCGGUCGAGAUGGCACUAUAAAGCCUUUUCCAUACCCGGAAUAUCGUGGCGAAAAACAAGCCGAUGAAGAAGCUCAAGAAUCCAAUGAUUCGAAGGUCUCAGUCAGGUCAGUGCACAAAUAUGUAAGAGGUAGUAAGAGUAAACCUUUAAAACAAGCAACAGGUAAGUAUGAAUUGUCUCUAGAUGAUCUUGUAGAGAAAGUGAAGGAAAGAUUACAAAGUGAAAUAACUCAAAUGGCUGCUAACGCAGCUAAGAAGAAGAUACUCCUUCAAUCUAAGGAGAAUAAAAGUAUAAGACCCAGCAAACCAGUACCACCGAAAGAUUCGUUUGACGUUUCGUCAACUGACCAGCCGCUACCUAAUAGAAACCUUUCUCCCAAGUUUGUAGAAAGUAUCGGCGACGAUAUACACAAAAAGCCACGACAAGAACAGCGCAAAAAAAAGCCCACACGUCAAACACAUGAUCAAAAAUAUGUAGCUGAAAUGUUUGUAGCAGAACCACCAAAGUAUUUGUAUAAUCUUGGUAAACCGGUAGAACUACAACAGAGUAUUUAUCCUCAACCUAUAACAGUACCAAUACAACAAAAUGAAGCUCCUCGUCAAGAGAGAAAUAAAGUACCAAAUAAGCAACAUCAAGUUAAUCAUAAUAAUCAAAAUAUUAAUCGCCAGAGAAAAAUUCAUCAACCUAAACAUAUCACGACUACCACACAAAAAGUAGACACUUUCAUAGGAGUAGACAUGGGGGUAACAAAUGAUAGUUAUGAAGAUUACGUUGUCCCUAAAAAAGAUAACGAUCAUUUUGAAUCAGAGACGAGACCGAAACCCGUCAAGAAAGUUCUCGAAAAUUUAAAUGACGAAUACGAAGAAACCACUAAAGCUAAAGAAUCAGAUAAAUAUGAAGGUGAAACUACUAAUUACAAUAAGAAAAGAGAAAAUGAAAAAGCAAUGAAUAAAAAUGAUGACAAUAAAUAUUUUAAGCAACGACCUAGUAACAGAGAUCCAGAAAAAGCUGCUGUAGUACCGUUGGCAGCUGAAAAUACAGAACAACGGAUUCAGCCUUAUGCAGAACAACUAGAAGAUACAGUUUAUGCAGAUGAAACAGAAGAAACAGUGACAGAAGAACAGAAAGCACGGUCUGCUAUCAUUUCAUUAAAUGAUUAUACUAAUUCACAAUAUUUAGCACCGCAUGUUGAGAAACAGGUCACAGGUAAUAAAAAUAAGAAGAAUAAAAAGCCGAGACAAGCUACAGUUAUACCCAAACGUGAUAUGUACAAAUUGAGCAGUCCAAAUUAUUUGGUUAAAAUACCUAUAGUCGGAGAAAAAUAUCGUUUCGAUGAACCAAUUCCAGAAGAAGACAGAGUGCGGGAGAAUUAUGAGCCUGUUGGUAACCCAGGUUUAAUUAAUGGUAAAGUUUUAAUAUAA